GAAUGCCUGUCAGACGGCCGGGCAGAGCAAAAAGCUGAUACAGAUGCCGUCGGGCGGCGAACGUGCACGUGCGACGCUUUUUUUUUUUCGUGCACGGCGGGCGCAAUGUCCAAGGAGUUGUCACGGAACUUGGCCCUCAACGAUAUCUCCGUCUGGGACACGGAAGAGGUGCUGAGAUUACUGCGGAAUAACGGCUUGGAGGAAUGUUGCAAGGCGGUUGAGAAGCGGCAGAUAGACGGCGAUGAGUUGCUACACUUGACGGAUGGAAAGCUGGCUCUCUGGAAGAAUGACCUCACGCGUCUACUGAUAGGGAAAUUAUGGACGUUCGUUCAGGAACUGAACAAGACACCGGAAAAAUAUCUGCCGGACAAGACCGCGGACGUUCAACAGAACGAUUAUCACUCGAACGACAGCGAUUCUUGGGACACCGACUUCGAGGACGAGAUGCCUGAGGAGAACUCCCGCGUCGAGAAUACGCAGCAGGAAGACGUGAAACCGAACCUGGUCAAAAGCAGGCAAGCGCUUCUACUGAACAACAUUGCCCGAAUAGCGAUGCGUUCGCCGUCGCUGAAGAACGCAGUGGAGCAAGAGGAGACCUACGCCAACUUCGAACCUUGUCAGGACGACGAGGAAAAUAUGUACCAGAAUUUGCAGGAGGCGAAACCGCCGCCUCCGAGGAACAUAUCGAGACUGUACAAUGAAAUGCAGAAGAUUUUGACUAUGAAGGAAAACUCGAAGGAAUCGGAACAUAGGAAUGAGAUGGAGAAGAAGCCGAUGAUUGGCCUGAAGUCGGAGACGUUGCCGGCGGGGAAGCCAAUGAUCGGCCCGAAACCGGAGACGAAGAAGAUAGCAGUGGUAUUUCCCGACAGGAAGUUUCCGCAGAAGUCUUUUCUACAUAAUCCGCCGAAGAUAAAUCAAUGUGUUCCUAGAGAGAUAACAAGGAGAAUGGCUGUGCCGCCUCCGCCGGAACCCAAGAAGAACAAGGACUACACGUCCGUGGAGAUAAAGAAGUCGGAGAAGAUAUUACCAAAACCGCCGACUACCAUAAGAUAUUUUGAUCUCGUAGAAAAUUUGCCGGCGCAGACGGUGGAAAGCGAAGACGAAGACGAGUAUGAGACUUUCGCAGACAACGUUAACGAGCAGCCGCUGAAAAAGGAGAUCACGAGGGUCGACAGCAAACUGUCGUUACACAGUGGUCGUCAGGGGUCGGUCGAGAGCGUUUACAAGCCGCCAAGUGCCACGAGCCACGAAGAAGAGGAGGAAGAAUACAUUUACGAGUGCAUUACAGAAAUGCCGGAGGAUAAUGGCUAUCUGAGCCCGAUUCAAAGGACAAAAAAUAUGCAGUUACCACCACCGUUACCCGUCAAACUACUCACUCCGCCGCUCACUCCGCCUUCGAGGAUCAAGUCGGAGAAACUCAAAGAGCGAUCACCGGAGAAGAAGUCAGCUACAUUACCUCAUUCCGGCAGCAAUGUCUCGUUGCCAAACGACAGAGCUACGCGACCGCUACCACCUCCACCGGAAAGACAAUCUUAUGUAGAUAAGCCCUGGUUUCACAAUGUCACAAGAGAGCAGGCGAAUAUUCUCAUUAAAGAGCAUUUUUAUAAUAACCCACCGGAUGGAUAUUUUCUUAUGAGACCGUCCACGACGAACGUCGGCAAUCCUUUAGCCUUGGUCUUUUGGUACAAGGACCGAAUUUACAAUGUUCCAGUUAGGAAGAGGAAUGAUAAUAGGUACGCUCUGGGCUCCCCAAAAGUAAACGAGCAAUCUUUCUCAACGAUCGAGGAAAUCGUGACAUUUUAUAUGAAAGAAGAACUGGUACUAUAUACCAGCGGUAUGCAGACAGGAAGCACAAAAUUGACUGACACUCCACCAAAGUGAUUUUAGUCCGCUAUAUAGGCUAUAAGUAUAAGUAAGAUUUUCAUUGACAAUCUCGUUGCACAUAAAAUUCAAACGCGAUAUAUAAGCACUGCUGAGCAAAUUCUUAUUGGAUUCACGACGAGAUAAAUAUCUCAAACUAGUUGCCUGACGAAUAAACAUUUAAGCGGUGCCUUCGUUACGCGAAGAAUUGAGAUGAUGCUACCUUAAAGACGAGUUUAGUUCAGUCUACUUGUCUAUAAUUUGGAUUGAUAAUUACGCGUGCCUUCGGUGAUAAUGACACAAGCUCGACUAUUGAGCGACGGAUCUCUCUUUUAUUUCGCGAAAUAUAUAUAUAAUAUAUUUAAUAUAUAUGUCAACACAUCUCUUAUACUAACAUAGAAUAUAUAUUUAUGGCUCACUUAGGGCUAGUUGUUCCACUUCUUGAUAAAUUUACUGAUGGUUAAAUCAUAUAUCUAUCUUUGUCUCAAUUGAAGGAAAAACAAAGACAGACUUUAACUAUCAGUUAACUUACCAAGAAGUUGGAACAAUUGGCCCUCAUAUGCGUGUCUAAGGGAAUAAUUUUAUAUGACAUAUUUGAAUAUUAAAUAUAAAUAUCGUAUUCGUUAUUUUAUCAGUAUUUUUUAUAUUUUGAUACGCGUUGAACGUAAAGGUGUGUAGUUAAUCUACGAUAUUGAAAUGACUUAUGUCGAUCAAUUCGCCUGUAUACAUGGGUUAUCUCUGUUCUCUCUCAGAAUGUCGUUUUUAUAAGUGGCCUUUGGAACUAGAGUUCUUUGACAACAUUAAGAAGAAGAAAAACCUCGUUUUUGAGAGAUCAAUAUGAUGUGACAUGUAUCAAGACUUGAUUAAAUUUUUCAUAAGACA